GGAAGAAAAGUGUUAGCACGAUGCUAGCUUACUACUAUGCUAACCGGCUAGGCUGUUAACUUACCUGUUUCUCAGGUUACAGCUAAGUUAGCUGAGCUAACUAACUAAGUAUUAGCAUGCUGCUAAUUAGCUGAUCACUCACGCUAACUUGCUCGUUUAACAUAACGUUUAACAUUGUUGAUGAAUAUUUAUGCACUUCGUUAGCUCGUCUAACAGCCCAAGUGGAGCCGAACCUGCAGUCAUAAAACAGUCGACGUGAACUUGUUGCUAUGGAGCAGCUCCUUUCUUAUCGCAGCAGCUCGCGUGAAUCCGGACUAAACUCCGGCCCGACUUGAGCACUAGGAUGGAGUCCUCGGGAUGAAUCGCAAUGAAGCGACCAAAGCUGGCGGUAGUCCUCCUCCUGCUGGGUGUCCUUCUCGCUUACCUGAUGUUCAUGAAGCGCCACUACGGCGCCUCGGAGCCCGAUGCCUACCGAGCGCCCCCCCCUCCCCAGCGCGGCCCCGCCAAGCUGGCUGUCGCCCCCGGUCGCAACUCCCAGUUCGGCAUCAUGUUUGAUGCUGGGAGCACUGGGACGAGGAUCCACGUCUUUGAGUUCCAGAUGGAGCGCAAUGAAGCUCCCAAACUGGCCCAUGAGACGUUCAGAGCCAUCGAACCGGGUCUGUCCGCGUAUGCUGACCACCCGGAGGAGUGUGCAGCAGGACUCACGGAGCUCCUGAAGGUGGCCGAAUCCAGCAUCCCCCCCUCCAGCUGGACCCUCACCCCUGUAGUCCUGAAAGCCACCGCCGGCCUCCGACUGCUGGAUGGAGCGAAGGCCAAGCAUCUGCUGGACACGGUGAGGGCGCUGUUUACCGACUCCCCCUUUCUGUCCAGAGACGACAGCGUGUCCGUCAUGGACGGCACCGACGAAGGGAUCUCUGCAUGGAUCACUGUGAACUUCCUCACAGGUGAUCUCCACAGUCCAGACGCGUCCACAGUGGGGAUGCUGGAUUUGGGAGGGGGGUCCACUCAGAUAACCUUCAGCCCUCAGGACGAGGUGAGGAGCUCAGCCAAUCAGGAAGCUAAAACCAUCCAGACUUCACCCAUCGACCACAUCAGGUCCUUCAGGAUGUUCAACAGCACGCACACUGUUUACACACACAGUUAUCUGGGUCUGGGUCUGAUGUCGGCUCGUCUCUCCGUGUUAGGAGGCAUCGAGGCUCCACCACUAGUAGAGGGCAGCACUGAGCUGGUCAGCCCCUGCCUUGCUCCAGAGUCCUCGGGCAGCUGGGAGCAUGCUGACGUGGUCUAUAGAGUGACGGGACAGAAGGCAGGAGAGCCGGUCUACGAGGCGUGUCGGACCAAAGUGGAGAAGGUUCUAUACAGGAAGGUGGUCCCUGUGUCCGAGGCAGCGGAUGUGGACUUCUACGCCUUCUCCUACUACUACGACCGGGCCGUGGACCUUGGGCUCAUUGGGGAGGAGACGGGAGGAACCGUUCGAGUGGUCGACUACAUGGAAGCAGCCAAACGAGUGUGCAGCAGUCGCCCCGUCAGUCCCCUGCAGAGUCCGUUCCUCUGCCUGGACCUGGUCUACAUUUCAGUCCUGCUGCAUGAGCUCGGCUUCCCCCCCAACAAACAGUUCAAGCUGGCGAGGACCAUCAAUCAGGUGGAAACCAGUUGGGCUCUGGGAGCAACUUUUCAUUACAUUGAGUUCCUGAAGAGCCACUGAAGCUUUUAUUGUGAAAAGCCUCAAUGACCUCAACGUCUCCAGCUGACCCAAUGAAAUAUUCUCUCCCCCCUUCGUACUGUAGUACUUCUUAGGAAUACUCCUGAUACCUCCUGUUCAUCUGCUGCUUUAAUACAGCACGUUUUAUUUGUUGUCAUGAAGGUUUGAAACUUUAUAAAUAUAAAAGGUAUAAAGGGUUUUUUUGCCAAAAGAGUGUUGUAGAGGAAGCUAUAACAUCACGAGGACAAUUGUUCCGUUUAUUGACAGCACGUUCAAUUGUUUUGUUUUCUACACUGAAGCACUUCCUGGUUUUGUUUGUUUUUCACAAUAAACGGAUGUGACUGUUUGA